CAUCAUCUCAGCCGUCUAUGUAAUUAGGGCUUGAUGUACCCAAGUCAUUUAAAACCCUAGUCGCCCCAAACUUCUCUCACUCUCUGCAACUUCUUGAGGCCGAAGCUCUAGGGUUUUGUUCAUCAGCCGCUUCGCAGAAAGAGCUGUCAAAAUGUAUACUGCCAAGAAGAAGAUCUCGAAAGACAAUGGGCUUGAUCCAUCGGAGUUUGAGGAGUCUGUUGCACAGGCAUUGUUUGAUUUGGAAAACACCAACCAGGAUCUUAAAAGUGACUUGAAAGACCUCUACAUUAACUCUGCUUCCCAAAUUGACAUUUCGAACCGCAAAGCUGUUGUCAUCCAUGUGCCCUAUAGGCUGAGGAAAGCUUUCCGCAAGAUUCAUCUUAAGCUGGUUAGGGAACUGGAGAAGAAGUUCAGUGGAAAGGAUGUGGUAGUUAUUGCCACCCGAAGGAUCUUGCGCCCACCAAAGAAGGGCUCUGCUGCUCAGAGGCCUCGCUCCCGUACACUAACAGCUGUGCACGAUGCUAUGCUUGAGGAUGUUGUUUAUCCUGCAGAGAUCGUUGGAAAGCGCAUUAGAUACAGAAUUGAUGGUUCAAAGAUUAUCAAGAUCUACUUGGAUCCAAAGGCACGUAAUGAUACCGAGUACAAGCUGGAGACAUUUGCUGGUGUUUACAGGAAGCUUUCUGGAAAGGACGUCGUGUUUGAGUACCCGAUGAACGAAGCUUAAGAAUUAUUUUGCUUCUUGUUUGCACUUUCAUCAGUUAAAGAUUUUAUGUAUUUGUGAUAAUUGUUAUUUCAAAUUUUGACCAAGAGAUUUGGAUCUUUGAUCCUCUUUUGCUUAGGAAAUGCAGGAAAACUCGGGUUGAAUUGCCUUUUAGACAUUAUCUAGAACCUUAUUCUGGGUUUUGUUGAUUUUGAACUGUGCAAAUCAAGUUUUUUUAAUCUGCUGUUGCUAUUGAA